AUGUCUGGCUGGCGCAGUCUCAACGUCGGCGUCAUCGGUGGUGGCAUCGGCGGCAUGUGUGUCGCAGUUGCGCUCCGUCGCGCAGGACAUAAUGUGACCAUUUAUGAGAAGUCUGAUUUCGCAGGAGAAGUGGGAGCCUCAGUCUCAUGCGCUGCCAACGGCACCCGAUGGCUUCACGAGUGGGACAUCGAUGUCGCCAAGGGUGAUCCCGUGGUCUUGAAGAAGCUUAUCAACCGCGACUGGAAGACCGGGGAGCCAGUCAGUGUCUAUGACCUUGAAGAUUACGAGAGGCGCUGGGGAUACGUCUACAACAUGUUCCACCGACAAUAUAUGCAUGCUAUGCUGAAGGAUGCAGCCCUGGAAGAAGGCAAGGGAACCCCAGCCACCCUCAAAGUCAACCACCGCUGUCGCAGUAUCGAUAUGGAGACGAGCAAAAUAAUCUUCGAGAAUGGAGAAGAGGUACAACACGAUCUGAUCAUUGGCGCCGAUGGGAUCGGAUCGGCCGUUCGUGGCAUUCUUGGAAUUACACCCGAGAAGCGCGCAUCGGACCAAAGCUGCCUUCACACGAACGUCACCACUGAAGAAGCAGUCCGACUUGGACUAGUCGACUACUCCAAGAACAGCGCAUUGGAGUACUGGGGUGGCCAAGAAGGAAAAUGGGACAAGAUCGUGUUAUCUCCCUGUAACGGCGGCAAACUGCUCUCAUACUACUGCUUCUUCCCUCGCGAGCAAGGCGACUACUCAACACAAACCUGGGGUGCCGAAGAACGCCCCGUCGAGGAGCUCCUCAACCCAUAUCCCCAACUGGACCGUCAAGUGUUUGCGCACUUGAAGAUUGGAACAGAGAUCAAGCCCUGGCGCCUCUGGGUCCAUAAACCCUACCCUUACAUUCAGCGCGGAAAUGUUUGUCUCCUGGGUGAUGCUGGACACCCUAUGAUGCCACACCAGAGCCAGGGAGCCUGCAUGGCUAUUGAGGAUGCAGCGGCUCUCGGAAUCCUCUUCAACAAGCAAUACUUCAAUGGAGAUAUUUUGCAGGCCUUGGCUGUUUAUGAGGAAGUGCGUCUCCCUCGUGCCACACGUGUACAGGCCGCAGCAGCAAAGGCAGCAUACAAUAUCAACGAGAGAAUCGGAUUCUCCGUCAACAAGGAUAUCCCCACAUACAAAGUCGAGGACGCAAAACAGGUUCUCACGAUUGAAGAAAUGAAUGCCUACGACAUGUACCGAGACAUUGAAGAGAAGCUCGCAGCCAAGCGCGGGACAACAUAUACCGACAAGUUCAUUUCAGGGCUCCCGAUCGGACUCGAAUUACCGAACGGGAUCACCAUCGGCGAGUCCAAGCUAUGA